AUGGACAAAACCAUCGGACAAGAGCACUUUGAAAAUGGCAGAAACGAGAGCCCUGAAAAGCCGGCAGCUGUGUCCUUAGCAGAAAGUGACAACAAUCGCGAGCUCUACGAGAAGCGUAAUCGCAAACUGAACCGUCGUUUGGACAUCCGCAUCCUGCCUCUCUGCUGCUGGGUCUAUUUGCUUAAUUUCCUAGACAGAGGGAACAUCGGCAAUUCCAAAGUGCUCAACGCUGAAACGGGAGAUGACUUGCUGCAGCAGACCAACAUGACGGCGGACGGGUACGCCAUCACCGUCACACUAUUUUCACUGGCAUACGCUUUGUUUGAAGUCCCAUCCAACUGGGUGAUGAAACAUUAUAUCCGACCAUCUCUGUGGUUGGCGAUACUUCUCUUCUCUUGGGGAGCUCUUACCAUAGGAUUUGCCGGAGUCCAGAACUACGCUACAGUGGUGGCUUUGAGAUUCUUGAUCGGUGUGUUUGAGGCUGGGUUCUUUCCUGGCAUUGUCUACUUCAUUACAAUCUGGUACAGGCACGAUGAACGAGCGGUUCGUAUCGCUUGCGUAGUGGCAUUUUGCAAUCUGGCCGGUGCUUUCGGAGGUGCAAUAGCAUACGGAGUCGGCCACAUCAAUGGACAUGGAGGUUUGCAAGGCUUCAGAUGGCUCUUCAUCAUUGAAGGAAUCAUCACUCUACUCAGUGCAAUUCCCCUGUUGCUUUGCCUUCCAGACUAUCCCGCACGAGCAAAGUUCCUGAACGAGGACGACAAGCGGUUUGCAGAAGAUCGCUUAAAAGAUCGAGGCGGAGGUUAUAACCAAGAUCACGCUUCUCGUAAAGAGGUUUUGGCAACUUUGACCAGUCCUCGUAUGCUGGCUCACUAUAUUGCAUAUAUCGCCGAUGUUGUACCCCAAGGAUCCUUCACAUUCUUCACACCUACCAUUGUAAAAGGACUCGGCUAUACCUCCAUUCAUGCACAGCUUCUCACCGUUCCACCCUGGUGCAUAGGCUUCGUGGUGGCGAUCACCCUCAGCUACUCAGCGGACCACUUUAAUGCCCGAGGCAUGCAUAUAACUAUUGCAUCUAUAAUCGGUGGAGUGGGCUGGCUGACAGCGGGGCUUCUGCCUCACGACGCAUACGUCAAGCGCUAUGGCUGCCUCUGUCUCGCCGCCUGUGGCGCAUUCCCAGUUGCACCUUCAAUGACCAACUGGGUCACAUGCAACACGCCCAGUCUUCUUACCAUCCCUCUCGCGAUAGCACUGAACAACUCGUCUGCUGGUGUUGGACAGAUCAUCGCUCAAUGGAUCUGGAGAGCAGAUGAAGUCGACACUGGAUAUCCCACUGGCAAUUUUGUUUGUGCAGCUUGCAGUUUCUUCGUUGCUGCUGUUAUCUUUAGUCUGAGGUUGACGUACGGUAGAAUGAAUGCAAAAGGAACCCUGGACGCCAGUGGGAGCAUGAGAGUCUGGGCUUAUUGA